CAUCACAAUGAAACACCAUAGCGUUAUGUUUGCCGUGCUUCUAGUGAUAGUUGCAGUUUCCGUGCGAGCCGAAACUGGUUUCUACGUACCCAAAGCGUACUACACGAUUGACGAGCAUGGCUACAAAUCCCCGCUUGUCUACAUUGACAGUAUUCCGCAAGUAUUCCAGCGUGUUCGACGGUCCGCUCAACUUCCUCCAGUCCCCAACUUUGGUUUCCCUGUGAAUUUCCCUGCGUUCCAGUUCCCUAACCCCGGACAGGGUGGCAAUUUCCAAGCAGUCUCCAUUACCAGCGGAGGCUCCGGUGGUUUAAACAACCGCUUCGAUGAAAACGGACAGUCGGCUCCCGCUGGAACUACUAUUAACACAUUCUCCUCUCAAAAUGGGCAAGUUACUCAGAUGACUCAUCACAUCGACAAGGACGGCAAAGUUACAACCCACACCAACAAGAAGAACUAAAAGUUGACCGAUGACCGCGAGUAUUAUU